AUGUUCCUGUGGCUGAUGGCCUUCUGGUUGCUGGGCUACGUCGCUCUUCCUGGAGGCCUGGAGCUGCUGGGGCUGGAGAGGGAGGAGCUCACUGCGCGUGGGCAGGCGCUGGUGCACCUGGUGCUGGAUGUGGGGGAGCUGGGGGCGACGCUGGGGAUUCUGUGGGGUUGCCUGCGCGCGUACCGGCCGCGCGCGCUGGGCUGGUUCCACGCACGGCUGUGGCCGCCGCACCCCUGGCUGGGCCACAUGGUGCUGGCCUGCGCAGCCUUCCCGCUCGUCGACCUGGCAGCCGCCCGCAGCCAGGGUUGGUUCCCACACGACAUCGAUGCCUGGGGGCCCAACGUGCUGGAGCAGAGCCUGGCUGCCGGCGAUCUGGUGAGCAAUGCGAUAUACUUUGUGGUGGUGACGGUGUGCGCGCCGAUCUGGGAGGAGGCUAUCUUCCGGGGAUUCCUGCUGCCGUCGCUGACGCGCUACAUGCCGGUGGCGGCCGCCGUGCUGGUCAGCGCGCUCGGCUUUGCGGCCGCGCACUUCAGCCUGCAGCGCUUCCUGCCCCUUGUCAUGCUGGGCGUGAUCUUCGGCAGCCUGCUCGUGCGCACGCGCAACCUGGCGCCCUGCGUGCUGCUGCAUUCCCUCUGGAAUGCCUACAUCUUCUGGCAGCUCACCUGCCGCGGUGUCGCCGGUGCCUGA